AUGGGCUUUUCUCAAGUUCUUUUUGGAGUUUUUUUGCUUUUACCAAGCAGCAGUCCUCACCUGCCUCCAACCAGGCGCAUUCCCCGUCCGAGCUUGCCUCCAACCAGGACCACUACACAGACCACCACCACAGCCACUCCCCGUCCGAGCUUGCCUCCAACCAGUUUUUACCUCUUGGCCGUGACCUCCCAGGCUGUAGGGGGCACUACAGAGACGCUAUGUAUCACGGUGAACCCCUAUAAAGAAGUCUCACUGGAAGUGAACCUGGAGCUUAAUGGCGACAGAGUGGUACUUCUGAAGGAAAUAUCUAUUAAACAAGAAUACUACCGCUGUAUCCCGUUCCAGGUUCCUGUCGUAAGCGUGGAAUCAGUAGCGUCUAUUGACAUUCAGAUAAAUGGAGAAAGCACAUUCCUGAACAAGACAACAAAGAUCCUCAUCAAACCUCCGACUUCUCUGAUUAUUAUUCAGACGGAUAAACCCAUCUACAAACCAGGACAAACUGUGAUGUUCCGCAUCGUCUCUCUGGAUUCCAAUUUCCUCACCUACAAUCAGACGUUUCCAACAAUAGAAGUGCAGGACCCAAAUUCGAACCGCAUUGGUCAGUGGCUGAACGUGCCCUCAUACGGCAGUCUUGUGGAUCUGUCAUAUCCCUUGAACUCUGAGGCCACAAAAGGAUUUUAUAUCAUCACUGUCCAGAGCCAGAAAAAUGAAGCGAUCAAACAAUCCUUUGAAGUCAAGGACUACGUUCUGCCCACGUUUGAAGUGACGGUCCAACUUCCUCCAGUCAUAACCAUCCUGGACACACAGGCUACGCUGAAAGUGUGUGCUAAAUAUACAUACGGGAAGCCGGUGAAUGGGACAGUGAAGGCCAAAGUCUGCCAUAACAGCUACAGAUACUUCUGGUUCCCACCAGGAAGCACAACCCUACCGGACAUCUGCAAGGACUAUAUAUUCAAGACUGACAGGACAGGCUGUGGAGAAAUUGUCUUAAAUCUGAAUGAAUAUGCUUUAACUGAUUCACGCUAUCAAGGUGUAAUCAAUGUUCAAUGUGAUGUGGAAGAAUAUGGCACUGAUGUGACUCUGACUGGUUCAGGCAGCUCUGUUAUAUCAUCUAAUAUCGUGACAAUUUCAUUUGAGAAUUCACCAACUGUGUUUAAGCUCGGAAUGACGUAUGAAGGACAGGUUAAAGUGACCGGCCCAAACGCCAGUCCAAUGAUAAAUAAAGUAGUGUUUCUGACUGUAAGUUAUGGUAAUGUUAAAAAUUCAGUGUGGACUCUGGUUACAAAUGACAAAGGCAUCGCAAACUUUUCCCUCGAAACUCAAGAAUGGGGUAUGCAGCAAGUCUCUCUUCAGGCAGAGUAUGAAAUGACCAAAAGACCAGUUGUAUAUGUGGCAAAUCAGCUCACACCAUACUACCCCACAGCCUACCUCUAUCUUCAGCCUUUCUACUCCAAGAGCCUGAGUUUUAUUAAAUUGAGGAGCAGCUCGAUGCCUUUCAGCUGUGAUAAAAAUGCUGUGAUUGAAGCGGAGUACAUGAUACGUGACGAAACACGCAUACGACCCUAUAUAUCCUUCUUCUACAUGGUGAUGUCUAGAGGACAUUUGUUUCAGCAAGGACGUCUUUUGGUGUCUAUACCCUCAGGAAGAGUGGAGAUCAGAGGCACACUGUUUCUGUCACUGAGGAACAUGCUACAGUUGUCCCCGGUUGCUCAGGUGGUCUUGUACACAAUCCUUUCCAGUGGUGAGGCUGUGGCAGACAGCAUGAACUUCCCAAUUCAGCUGUGUUUGGCUAACAAGGUGUCUCUGAAUUUCUCACAAUCGUCUGAGCUUCCUGGUGCUAAGGUGUCAUUGAUCCUGAGAGCCACCCCAGGAUCACUGUGUUCAGUGAGGGCCAUCGAUCAGAGUCUAUUAUUGCUGCGACCAGAGGACGAGCUCAACACGGAAUCUGUGUUCAACAUGCUGCCUGUAAAGACGUUAUCAGGAUAUCCAUACAACAUCUAUGACGAGGAUUCAUCCCAAUGCUCUGGGAACCCGCCCAUCAACAUAUUUGCAAGACUACGGCCAAUUUAUAUACCAGCCUACGGAAAAAUCGACGUGUACAACACCUUUAAAGAUGUUGGAAUCAAGAUCCUCACCAAUGCCAUAGUCAAGAAACCUAUUGAGUGUUUUCCAUUUCCAAUGAGAAGAGAUGUAGCCAUGGCUGUGCCAGAAAUGGCAUUCAUGCUUGCCAAAGAUGUUUCAGCUACAUCAAGUUUAUCAACUGGAUCAGUCGCAUCAGUCGUUACGAUCCGCAAAUAUUUCCCAGAGACGUGGAUUUGGGAUCUCGUUUCAGUCAGACAAGCUGGAGCAACGGUCGUUAUUAAAACGGUUCCAGACUCCAUCACUACAUGGCAGGCUGGUGCAUUUUGUACAUCAUCUGUUGGGUUCGGAGUCGCACCGAAAACCCAGCUCACUGCCUUCCAGCCUUUCUUUGUAAGCCUCACCAUGCCGAGCUCCGUCAUCCGAGGAGAAGUGUUCACGCUCAAAGCCACCGUCUUCAACUACCUUCGAAGCUGUAUGAUGGUGAACGUGAUUUUGGCUGGCUCAAAUCAAUUCUCAGCACAAGUGUGUGAAAACUGCCGUUACACAAGCUGCCUGUGUGCUGACGAGAGCCAGACCUUCUCCUGGACCAUCACACCACUGGUUCUGGGGGAGGUAAGCAUCAAUGUGACGGCGGAGGCUGUGAGAUCAUCGACUCGGUGUGGGACGAGACCGGUUACUGUACCACAGAAAGGACGCAUCGACAUGGUCAUUAAAACACUGCAAGUGAAGGCUGAGGGAACCAAACUAUGUAAAAGCUACAAUGAACUUCUCUGUCCAGAUGGUAUUGUCCAGACGACCGUCUCACUGACUCUGCCUGAGGUGUUCGUGGAAGGUUCAGCCAUGGCCUCAGUCUCUGUCCUGGGAGAUCUGAUGGGCCGAGCGCUACAGAACCUGGCGAGUCUCCUUGCGAUGCCGUACGGCUGUGGAGAGCAAAACAUGCUGCGCUUUGCCCCCAACAUCUUCAUCCUGCUGUACCUGGAGAGCACCAACCAGCUCACGCCCCAGAUCAGGAGCACAGCCGAGACCUUCCUCGUGAGCGGAUAUCAGAGAGAACUGACCUACAAACACACUGAUGGAUCUUACAGUGCUUUUGGGAUGAGAGAUCCGUCAGGCAACACAUGGUUGACCGCGUUCGUGAUGAAGUCUUUCGGAAGUGCCAAGCGAUACAUCUUUGUAGAUCAGAUGCUUGUAGAUCAGGCGAAGGCCUGGCUCGGUCAGCAGCAGCAGGCUAACGGAUGCUUUGCCUCAGUGGGACAACUCUUCCACACUGACAUGAAGGGAGGGGUGAAUGAUGAGGUGACCCUCUCGGCGUACAUCGCAGCUGCAAUGCUGGAGCUCAAUUAUACAAUUGCAGAUCCUGUGGUGAACAGGAGUCUCGCGUGCCUGAGGAAUGCGUACACUCAGGUGAACGCCACCUACGCCAAGGCUCUCCUUUUCUACACCUUCACUCUAGCUGGAGAUCAGGCGAUGAGGAACACGCUCAUCUUAGACCUGGAUGCAAAGGCCAUAGUCUCAGGGGGUAGGAGGUACUGGAGCAGAGUGGAUAGUGGGUCUGUGACGGACUCUUUGGAGGUGGAGAUUACCUCGUAUAUGCUUCUGGCUCUGAUGUCUGGACCCCAGCUCUCCGGGUUUGGCCUGGGUUACAGCGCCAGCAUCGUCCGUUGGCUUUCUCAGCAGCAGAAUGCCUUUGGGGGUUUCAGGUCUACACAGGACACUGUCGUGGCUCUCCAGGCUCUGGCAAAAUACAGUCUCGCCACCUACAGUCCAGCAGGAGCUGUUACUGUUACUAUAAAAUCACUAUCAGGGGUGAUUAAGAAGUUUACCAUCAAUCAGAGUAACAGGCUGCUGUAUCAGGAGAGUCAGCUGCAGAAGGUUCCUGGAGAUUACAAAGUCAAAGCAAAAGGGAAAGGCUGUGUGUACGUGCAGCUGAAAAAAGGAGUGGAGAAGGUGUACACGCUGAGGAUCGUGCAGGACAUUGCAGUGGCGAAACUGAAACCGGCCGUUGUGAAGGUUUACGACUACUACGAGACCGGUGACUCGGCUGUAACUGACUACACCUCACCAUGCACUUAA